AUGCCUGUUCCUGCUAUCGAGAGUCUUUCCGACUUCCAAGCCCUCAUCAACUCGGGCAGUGUGGUAAUCAUCGACUUCUGGGCUACAUGGUGUGGUCCUUGCAGAAUGAUCAGUCCAGUCUUCGAAGAGCUUGCCUCCAAUUCUGCGCUCAGUACGACCCAGUUCGCCAAAGUCGAUGCUGAUACCCAGGAUGAGAUUUCUCAAGAGGUUGGAAUCAGAUCCUUGCCUACUUUCAUGGUGUUUAAAAAUGGCCAGAAAGUGGACGAGCUGGUGGGUGCUAGUCCCCAAGGCCUAAGCAAGCUUGUUGAGCGACAUGCAUAA